CUGUGAGACUUCCGUGAGAGAGAAGGUCCUGGAUUCUGUCAGAUAUGUAGGUCUGGAUUAAAAAGAAACAGUUGGUCUGUGGAACGUAGCAAUGCAAAGGAUAUGGAAUUACUAGAAGAUUUAUACGGAGAGACCAAACAUGGAUUUACGCAUGAUAUUUUGGACUGUACAGUGUGCAUCGGUCACCAUUACAAAAAAGGUUCUCAAACAAGACAGAAUGAUGCAGUCCCCACAAGUGACCAAGAAUAGGACACUGGCUCUUCAGCACAAAGAAUGAAUUAGUUUGAGAGAAGGGGGGGAGUACCCAGCCUGCCUUGAACAACACAGAGUGGACCUGUUCUAAAAGACUACUGCCAUAGCUUGACAUGGACAUGUAACAAAGGAUAACUGACUACCCGACAGUGGAAGUUGAACACUAGAGGAGUACCCCAUGCUGGACCCGCUACUGAAAGCACGAAGGACUCAGGAGGAUGUCAACAGAGGCAGAAGUUACACCAGGUGGCAAAACCAGCGUGAGAAAGGAGUCUCGGAGGAGAGGCCAGGAUCGCAGUGAGGCAGGCCUGAUCAAGCGCUUCAGGGGGGAUGGUGUCCGUUACAAGGCCAAGCUGAUUGGGAUUGAUGAGGUGACAGCAGCACGCGGCGACAAGCUGUGCCAGGACUCCAUGAUGAAACUCAAGGGAAUUGCGGCUUCAGCUCGAUCAAAAGGCGAACACAAGCAGAGAGUGUUUCUUACCGUCUCCUUCGGUGGGAUUAAGAUCUACGAUGAGAGAACAGGAGUCAUGCAGCACCACCAUGCUGUCCACGAGAUCUCCUACAUCGCGAAGGACACGCGAGACCACCGUGCCUUUGGCUACGUCUGUGGAAAAGAAGGCAACCACAAGUUUGUGGCCAUCAAGACUGGUCAUUCAGCCGAGCCCCUCAUUCUUGACCUGCGUGACCUUUUCACACUUGUCUAUGACAUAAAGCAACGAGAGGAGGUGGAGAAGAAGGCUCAGAGAGAUAAACACUGUGAGCAGGCCGUCUAUCAGACUAUUCUUGAGGAUGAUGUUGAAGAUCCCGUUUACCAGUACAUUGUGUUUGAAGCUGGACACGAGCCACUCCAUGGCCCACAAUCAGAGGAAAGCGUUUACCAGGUCCCAACCAGUCAGCAGAAAGAAGGAAUCUAUGAUGUUCCAAAACGUCAUCUAAUGACUAACAUCAACCAGUUUGACCUUUUUGGUGACAUGGCCACUCCACCAGACAUCUUGUCGAUGCCUGCUUCCCCGGCCAACACGCUGGACCCCAACCGCAGCCGACGGCAGCGCCAGCUCCCCUCCGAGCUCUUCACCCACUUCAGUCCUCCAGCUGUGCCCUCAGGCUACAUGACCAUGGGUGCUGUCCAGGCUGCACAGUGGGCCCAGCAGUCGUUCGCUGCCCAGGCCCCCCUGGCAUUCGGGGUGCAGGGUCCCCUCCAAAUGGCCCAAGUUCUGCCUGGGGGUCAGCCGGUGAUCUGGGGCCAGGCCAACCUCUUCCACUCGCCGGCCACGGGCCAGCAGCAGUGGGCGUUUGUGCCAGCGCAGACGGUGGGCAUGAGCGGGCACCCACUCCCGGCGGCCGUCCUCCAGGGUCUGGUGCCCAUUGCCGCCAUGCGGCCACACUCCUGCGAACCCUCCACCGCCCCCUCGUCGGUCAUUGGAAGCCCGCAGCACACUGUGGAUCCUAAGCUACAGCAGGGCAGUGCCAGAGAGGCCGUGGGCGAGGGCGUCCUUGCGGGGGUCCAGCUCCCACUGGCAGGGGCAGCACUGGCCGGCGUCGAGCAGUCGGACGUGGCCGGUGCCUUGCAGGCGGCCGUCAGCCAGGAAGGGGACGACUGCUGCACCGACCUUGAUCUCUCGCAGAUGACUUUGACCCCGGGCUCGUCCUCGUCAACCUCCACCAGUGACACAUCCCCUACACCAGCCUCUAAGCAGACCCCACCCUGCCAGUCUCCGCCACCCCAGAGUGGGGAUCUCCCUGCAGAGCCGUCACCUUUUGAAGCUGGAGCCGGCCCUACUCAGAGCACAGGACAGGAACUGGGUGCCUGCGCCAGCAGUCCCUGCUCAACAGAAACUGAAACCCAAUCUCUAGUGGACCAGAGCGCGGCGGUUGUGCUGGUCAGCAGUGGGGAAGUAAGGCGACGAGAGAGCCGUGCCCUCAGCACAGGACGCCCUGCCACCCCAGUUGAUUGCAGUCUGUCUGAGUGGACCACCUGGACCCGCUGUGACCCCUGCCACAGGAAGAGGUACCGCUAUGCUAAGCUUCUCCAGCCGUCUGAGUUUGGGGGAGAGCCGUGUAACAUCCAGGGCCGAGAGGAGGAGUCCUGCACCCCACCAUCCCGCUUCAAAUGCACCAGCGCCCCCCUCUGCCAGGGCUUUGUGUGCGCUGUCACAGGGCGUUGUGUGCUGGAGGGACUGCGCUGUAACGGCGAUGACGACUGUGGUGAUGGCUCAGAUGAGAAAGGUUGCAAGAAGGUGUUCCGAGCCUGCCGCGAGGAGGCUGAGGAGUACUAUGGCAUUGAAAACCUUGCCAAAGGAUUUAACGUCCUCAACAGCCACCUGGAGGGCUUGGUACUGGACAACCGUUACUAUGCCGGUGGCUGUUUGCCCCACUUUAUCCAGGAUGUGCGAUUUAGGAAACCCUACAACCUGCAGCACUACAUAUUUGAGACUAAAGGCUCCUAUGACUUUAGAAUGGAGGUUCAUGAUUCAUAUUCUGACUACAUGAAGGACAGCAAAAGAAGCAGCCUCUCCGAAACGUCAGUGUCCUUCGGAAUUAAAAUCCCAGGCGUCUUUGAGGUGGGCUUCAACUAUGAUGAUUCCAAGUACAAAAAUUCGGUGGAGAGGAUACGACGUCUUUCAGGAACGAAAAACAGCUUCUUGCGUGCGCGUUCCCAGAUUGAGUUGGCCCGCUACGCCCUUAAGGCGGAUGGCCUGAUGCUACAUCCAGACUUUUUGGGGCGACUGAGAGCACUGCCUCUCGAGUACACCUACGGGGAGUACCGACAGAUCUACAGGGACUUUGGGACACACUACAUCACUGAGGCCACGCUCGGUGGAGAAUACGACUUGACCAUUAUCCUCAAUGAGCAAAAGCUGCAGUCAUCAGGCUAUAGUCUGGUGGACUCACAGCGCUGCGUAGAAGCUGGACUGAAAUUGGGAGCCAAUAUCAAGGGGGUCUAUGUGACGCUCGGGGUCUCUGGUGGAGCUUGCAAAGGCUUGUUGGAAGAAAUGGAAUCACACACGGGUGCAGAUUCCCUCGUGGAGGACUAUGUGGCGGUGGUGAAGGGAGGAGACAGUGAGUCCAUCACACAGCUGGCCAGUAAGACUCUCCCCACCCAGAAGCUGAUGCAACAGUGGGGAGAUGCUGUUUACUACAACCCUGACUUCAUUCACACCAAGAUGUCGCCCUUGUACGAGCUGGUUACCUCCAGAGACUUUGUCAAUGAGCGGACCCUGAAGAAGAACCUGAGGAGGGCUCUGGCUGAAUACCUGGCUGAGGCCAGCUCCUGCCUCUGUGCCCCUUGCCAGAACAACGGAGUGGCUGUCCUUAAAGGCACACGAUGCGAGUGUGUGUGCCCCUCAGGAGUCAGGGGACUCAGUUGUGAAAUCACUCAAAGAUCAAACAUGGGGGUUGAUGGGAAUUGGAGCUGCUGGUCCAGCUGGUCGUCUUGCAGUGGGAGGACCCAGCACCGAACGCGCCAGUGCACCAACCCAGCACCUGCCAAUGGAGGAGCGGCAUGCCAAGGACCCCAAGAAGAAACCACCGACUGCAUCUGAUUGUGUCUGAAUUCUGCUUAACUGACAAGCGUCACUUUGGCUGUGUUCAUGUUAUUUGUUUCUUGAAUAAAGCUUUCUUAUGAUAACCACUAA